CAGAAGAGGGGAAGCCUGGGGGCGCAAGCGUCGCAGCCGAGGGGCCGGCGCGGGGAGGCGGGCGCCAGGCGGGGGUUUGCAGGGCCGCCGCGCGUGACGUAGCGCCGGGCAGGGCGUUAUCAGCUGCCGGGCCGCGGCGAGGGACGCGCGGCGACAGCGGACGGCGCCGCCCGGGCCGGGACAGCAGCAGCCGGCGGCCGCGCGCAGGACCCGAGGGCUUCUGGCCACCGCCCCCGCCAGCGCCGCGCCCCGCCACAGGGCGGCAUGAGCCCACCCGCGGCCGCAGCCCUAGCGCCCUGCUCCUCCGCCUGGGCGGCCCGGCUGCGGUGACGGCGCUCGCUGCCCGACUGGGGGACAUGAAGCCGAGUCCGGCCGGGACGGCGAAGGAGCUGGAGCCUCCGGCGCCGGCCCGAGGCGAGCAGCGCACGGCGGAGCCCGAGGGGCGCUGGAGGGAGAAGGGCGAGGCAGACACCGAGCGGCAGCGCACCCGGGAGCGGCAGGAGGCCACGCUGGCCGGGCUGGCGGAGCUGGAGUACCUGCGCCAGCGCCAGGAGCUGCUGGUCCGGGGCGCCCUGCGCGGCGCCGGGGGUGCGGGAGCCGCUGCGCCCCGCGCCGGGGAGCUCCUGGGGGAGGCGGCGCAGCGCAGUCGCUUGGAGGAGAAGUUCUUGGAGGAGAACAUCUUGCUGCUAAGAAAGCAAUUGAAUUGUUUGAGGCGAAGAGAUGCUGGUUUGUUGAAUCAGUUGCAAGAGCUUGACAAGCAGAUAAGUGACCUGAGACUGGAUGUAGAAAAGACAUCUGAAGAGCACCUGGAGACAGACAGUCGGCCUAGCUCAGGGUUUUAUGAGCUGAGUGAUGGGGCUUCAGGAUCCCUUUCCAAUUCCUCUAACUCGGUGUUCAGUGAGUGUUUAUCCAGUUGUCAUUCCAGCACCUGCUUUUGCAGCCCCUUGGAGGCGACCUUGACUCUCUCAGAUGGUUGCCCCAAAUCUGCAGAUCUCAUAGGAUUGUUGGAAUAUAAAGAAGGCCACUGUGAAGACCAGGCCUCAGGGGCAGUUUGCCGUUCCCUCUCCACACCACAAUUUAAUUCCCUUGAUGUCAUUGCAGAUGUGAAUCCCAAGUACCAGUGUGAUCUGGUGUCUAAAAACGGGAAUGAUGUAUAUCGCUAUCCCAGUCCACUUCAUGCUGUGGCUGUGCAGAGCCCAAUGUUUCUCCUUUGUCUGACGGGCAACCCUCUGAGGGAAGAGGACAGGCUUGGAAACCAUGCCAGUGACAUUUGCGGUGGAUCUGAGCUAGAUGCCGUCAAAACAGACAGUUCCUUACCGUCCCCAAGCAGUCUGUGGUCUGCUUCCCAUCCUUCAUCCAGCAAGAAAAUGGAUGGCUACAUUCUGAGCCUAGUCCAGAAAAAAACACACCCUGUAAGGACCAACAAACCAAGAACCAGCGUGAACGCUGACCCUACGAAAGGGCUUCUGAGGAACGGGAGCGUUUGUGUCAGAGCCCCGGCCGGUGUCUCACAGGGCAACAGUGUGAACCUUAAGAAUUCGAAACAGGCGUGUCUGCCCUCUGGCGGGAUACCUUCUCUGGACAAUGGGACAUUCUCCCCACCGAAGCAGUGGUCAAAAGAACCAAAGGCCGAACAAAACGAAAGCAAGAGGUUGCCCCUGCCAGAGGGCUGCCCCUCAGGCGCUGCCUCCGACCUUCAGAGUAAGCACCUGCCGAAAACGGCCAAGCCAGCCUCGCAAGAACAUGCUCGGUGUUACGCCAUUGGGACAGGGGAGUCCCCUAAAGAAAGCGCUCAGCUCUCAGGGGCCUCUCCAAAAGAGAGUCCUGGCAGAGGCCCUGCCCCGCCGCAGGAGAACAAAGUUGUCCAGCCCCUGAAAAAGACGUUACAGAAAAACAGCCUGCAGGGCGUCCCCCCGGCCGCUCCUCCCCUGCUGUCUCCAGCUUUCCCCGUGGAAGAGAGGCCUGCCUUGGAUUUCAAGAGCGAGGGCUCUUCUUCCCAAAGCCUGGAGGAAGCGCACCUGGUCAAGGCCCAGUUCAUCCCGGGGCAGCAGCCCAGUGUCAGGCUCCACCGGGGCCACAGGAACGUGGGCGUCGCGAAGAGCUCCAGCCUGAAGCACCGCGGCCCAGCCCUCCAGGGGCUGGAGAACGGCUUGCCCACCGUCAGGGAGAAAACGCGGGCCGGGAGCAAGAAGUGUCGCUUCCCGGAUGACUUGGAUACAAAUAAGAAACCCAAGAAAGCCUCCUCCAAGGGGAGGAAGAGCGGGGGCGGGACCGAGGCUGGUCUUCCCGGCAGGCCCGCGGGCGGGGGCCACAGGGCGGGGAGCAGGGCGCAUGGCCACGGACGGGAGGCGGUGGUGGCCAAACCUAAGCACAAGCGAACUGACUACCGGCGGUGGAAGUCCUCGGCCGAGAUUUCCUACGAAGAAGCCCUGAGGAGGGCCCGGCGGGGUCGCCGGGAGAAUGUGGGGCUGUACCCCGGCCCCGUGCCACUGCCCUACGCCAGCCCCUACGCCUACGUGGCUAGCGACUCCGAGUACUCGGCCGAGUGCGAGUCCCUGUUCCACUCCACCGUGGUGGACACCAGUGAGGACGAGCAGAGCAAUUACACCACCAACUGCUUCGGGGACAGCGAGUCGAGUGUGAGCGAGGGCGAGUUCGUGGGGGAGAGUACAACCACCAGCGACUCUGAAGAAAGCGGGGGCUUGAUUUGGUCCCAGUUUGUCCAGACUCUGCCCAUUCAAACGACCCAGAGACAGCUUUGGAAUCUUCAGACAAUUGAUCAGAUUGGCUCAUGUGAAGAACCCAGUUUGUCAUCCUUGGUCCAGGAAGUCAACUCAACUCCAAGAAGUCAAUUUUCUUAAUAAUCACAAAUUGUCUCGCUCUGUUGUCCAGGAUGGAGAACAGUGGUAUGAUCACAGCUCACUACAGCCUCAACUUCUCAGGCUCAAGCCAUCCUCCUACCUCAGCCUCCUGAGUAACUUCAACUUGCGGAUUCUUGGUCGGGUUUUUCCAUCUUCAUAGUCUUGUUAAACACCACUUAAAAUCUAAGCAGAAUCUAAGGCACUUAUUAUCUCUUCAUUCUUACAUAAAUUGGAUACAGGUUUGGCAACAUGACUCUAUUUGCUUAUAGGUUACGCCCCUUUCCCCUUCGAUGCCACUCAGCAUAGGUGAGCCCUGCCUUCUGAGCUGACAUGAUUUUUCAAUUAUACAAAUUGGCCUGUUUUUCAGUUUAGCCUUUUCACCUAUCUGAAGUCAGACACUUGUUGAUCUGCUACUCUCAGAUUGUUUCAGCAUGGACGCUAAUUUCAGGGUUCUGUGGGAUAAAGAAAACAAAAUCAUUUUGCUUCCCUUUUCUCAGGGCUCUCGCCUAUUCUUCAGAAGCCGUUAAGGUGCCUUCCCUGGGGCAUCAAGUGUGAUUUAGAGUGUCAGCGAACAAGUAUUCUUGUGCUGCUUCCUUCCUGUUUUCCUCUUCCUGCAGCGAGUUUACUGGGAGAAGAUAUCAAACAUCAGUUGUUGAUGAAACACAUGUUGAAUUACUCUGGAUGCACUGCAAGAGCAGAAGUAUUUUGCUAAAGUCGGGAUUCUGAUUGGGUGAAAAGGAAUAUUGUAGACGCCCUCUUGGCUAUUGUCUCUUUCUUUCUUUUCUCCCCUAGACUCCUUCCUAGCAGUUAGAAUUGUCUUCAUCCAACACUGGUUUUCUCUCAUGGUUUUCUUGUUCACUCACUUUGAAUUCCUCCUUUUUAUGCUUUGUCCAGCCUCAUCCCCAAACUCCUGUUGUUUCUUAUACUUUAUCCUCAAAUAGAACUUGCCUUCAUUUCGGCUAAUCAGUCCAACUCAAACUUUAUACACUUUAACCAACCAAAGCUCUCUGAUUACUUUUAUUUUCUCCUUUUAUAUAAUGUGGCUUUUUCCUGAUAGCUUAUGAAAAUAAUACAUGUUUAUCAUGCAUGGCUCACUGCAGCCUCAACCUCCCAGGCUCAAGUGAUCUUCCCACCUCAGCCUCCCAAGUAGCUGAAACUACAGUCAUGUGCCACCGUGCCUGGCUAAUUUUUUUGAUUUUUUUUUGUAGAGACAGGUUCUCACUUUGUUGCUCAGGCUGGUCUUGAACUCCUGGACUCAAGCAGUCCUUCCAUCUCAGCCUCCCAAAGUUUUGGGAUUACAGGCGUGAGCCACUGCCCCUGGCCUAAAAAAUGAUUUUCAGUCACAUGGAGGGAUUCUCGGCUGAUAUCCAGCUAUAUGGUGGCUAUCUGUAGGGUUUUGUACACCUUCAGGCUAAUUGAUUGGUACAUCUGUUAUGAUUGGUUGGUCUAUUGGUUUUGAUCGGUUGGUAUAUCCAUUCUGACCGAUUGGGGUGUUGGUUAUAAUUAUAAAUUGGUUGGUGUUUAUGUCAUAUCAGUUGUUAAAUACUUUGAAUAUUAUCUGUAAUUAUACUGUCAGAGAGUUAACUUUCAAUCUACUAAAAUUCUAAACAAAACAAAAAAAGAAAAAAACAAAACCAACAUUAAAAAAAAGCUGAUAGUUCCUCUGGUUAAAUUUCUAAAACUCCAAUAGCAGGUUAAAGAUUUGAUAAUUUUAAAGGCUUUGAUGCAUAUUACCCUGCAAAAAGAUUGGACUCAUUUACAGUACACUCCUGCCAGAAGGGCACGUGGGUUACACCAAAACCUACAAGCCUGAGUAUUAUCAUUUUAAAAAGAUCUUUGCCACUCUGAUAAUUGAAAAAUGGUUUCUUGCUUUAAGUUGUACUUAUACAAAUAAAAUGCUUAUAUUUUAAUGUGAGCAUUUGAAUAUUUUUUAGAAUGUACUUUGCCAUUUUUCUCUGCUCACUUCUCUGCUCUACAUUUUAUCAAUGUUUCUAGGCUUGUUCUUGACUCUUUUUGUACAUGUGACAGCUGUUCCGUCACUGAUUGCCAGGAUUCGUUUGGCUACUUUCCUUGGCAAGGCUGGUGCCACUUUCUCCCUUUACAAACUCAGUUGCAAGCCUCCUAAAGCAGUUCCUUAGUUGAAAACUAUUGUUUUUGUAUUUGUGGAUAAGUUAUAUUGUAGAGUAUUUAUGUUGCUUUCUGCGGGUAUGUUGCUGCCUUGGCUAUAAUCUAAGUUUUCCAAGGGCAAGGCCUUCGCUUUUCAAUAAAAACAAAAUAAUUAUUUGGA